AAACCACAAGGUCACUGGGAGGGGAGAGAGGAAGGCUGGCUGGUCUGCCUGUCACCACAUUCAUUCCACUUCCCAUUACAGUCUCUAUCAGUAGGCUCAUGCAAUAGAAAGAAGAGUUCCAGAUGGCCCUUUUAGUGAAAGUCUUGGGAGUUCCUCAGUGAUCGUGACAUUGACUCUGCGUAUUGUGACUGAACACAAGUUUUCUUAUCAUCAGGAACAGGAAUGGACUUGUUUUCUGACCUGUCUGUUUGUCUUUGAUAUUGGUGAUCCUUCAGUGCUUGGAAAUUGCAUGAUUUUGUUGAAGAAACAAGACAGAUUUAAUUAUGGAUAGUGACUUAUUCAGAGACACUUUGUCCGUGAUGGAAAGCACAAGUCAGACCAUUGGCUAUCGUGUGCGACUGCGAAUGCAACACAUUCUCAAGGAUGUAGCUCAGUUGGCAUAUGAAAGGCCUCAAUUCUUUGCUGAUGUCCCACCUCCUUCUGUGUAUGUUGGAAAAGAUGGGCCUCCACCAAUGCCCCCCAUGCCCCCAGGUCCUCCUCCGGGCACUACGAUGGCCAGUCCAGCUCCAUCUACAAGCCAGGGGCCGCCCAACAUGUCUAUGGGGGGGAUGAUGGCCCCUCCACCCCCACCAGGUCCCACUGGCCCUCCAGGUCCCCCUCCACCUCCACCAGCUGGUCCUGUGAUGCCAGCUGACUAUCCCAAUGGAGGUAUGAUGGGUCCCGGUCCAAUGGGUAUGGGUCCAGGAAUGGGUCCGGGUAUUGGCCCUGGGAUGAUGGGGCCUAUGCAGAUUGCCGUAAACCCUGCAACCAACGACGCGCCACUUGAGUUCAACACUAACAAGAACAAACCACCAAUGCCUGUGGCUGCAAAUAAUGGAGAAAUGGUGGAUGGGAUAAUGCCAGAGCCUGUCAUCGUGGAAGAGAGAAGAGAGCGAGACCGGGAGAGAGAUCGAGACCGCGAGCGUGAUCAUGGGAGGGAUAGAGAUCGUGACAGAGAGCGCUCGCGAGGCAGGGACAGGGACAGAGACAGGGAUCGUGACCGUGAGCGGGACAGAGAUCGUGACAGAGACCGUGACCGUGACCGUGAAAGGCAAGACCGAGAUAGAGACAGAGACCGUGGACGAGAUAGACCACGGAAAGACAGUGGUGGCAGUAGUCGUAGUGGGGGCGACAACAUGUCUGUUGGCAGUGGAAAUGGGCAAGUUCAACCACUGGAUGGAAAUAAUCAGUCAGGCUCUGGCUUUGGGCCAAUGGGUCCAGGUCCUGGCCCUUGGGGUCCGAUGUGGGGCCCUGCUGGAGGACCAAUGGGACCAAUGGGCCCUAUGGGUCCAAUGGGGGGCCCAAUGGGGCCAAUGAGUGGCCCUAUGGGACCUCCGGGAGAAGGUCCUCCAAUGAGUGGAGAUUUUCGAAUAACUUGGGGAAUGUUUGGAUGGAUGAUGUCUCCAGAAGGCUUGACAGUGCCCAUCAAAAACCCUCUGCACUGCAAGACCUGCGUCUUAGUCCCCCCAAAUCGCCUGGCUCCCCCACCCACUACAAGAGAGAGACCACUUGGCUGCAGGACAAUCUUCGUAGGAGGCCUUCCAGAGAAUGUCACAGAGGAAAUCGUGCGGGAUGUUUUUGAACGUUGUGGAGAGAUAACAACAAUUCGACUGAGCAAGAAAAAUUUCUGCCACAUCAGAUAUGAACUCGAAGAAUUUGUUGACAAUGCCAUCUUCUUGUCAGGUUAUCGCAUGCGAAUCAACAACAGCACUGAAGCAGCAAACACAGGACGACUGCAUGUGGAUUACGCACAAGCUAGAGAUGAUCAGUAUGAAUGGGAAUGUCGACAGAGACAGUUACAGAGAGAGCAACGGCAUAGAGAAAGAAUUGAAGCGGAGAGAUUGCGGCCUCCAUCCCCUCCUCCUGUGGUACAUUAUUCCGACCAUGAAGCGACAAUCAUUGCUGAGCAGCUCAAGGGUGAUGACACAUUUUCCAAAGCAGUACAGAUUGUUAUCACGUGGCUAGAGAGAGGAGACUGUAGCAAGCGAAAUGCUGGAACUUUCUACAGUAUGAUCCAGUCAACAAACUCCCAUGUACGAAGACUGAUGACUGAGAAGAGCCAGUAUGAAGAGGAAUUGGCCAAAUUUCGUGAACAAACACGGGCACGCAUGCAAGGUGUAAUCAUGCAAUUCGGUCAGAUCGAGCGUGUCUUCAUGUCAGCCGGUCACCAGAAGGUCUGGGACCACUUCACCAAGGCCCAGAGGCGCAACAUUGAGAUGUGGAAGAAGCAGGCAGAGGAGAUCAAAGAAAUCCAGCUGCAUGAGUCUGACAAGGAGGAUGCAGAGGAAAUGGAUGUUUCUGACGAGGAGGACGGCUCACAACCUCCGAGGAAGAAGUUGCGGCAGAACGAAUAUCUUAAGGAAGAGAAUGACAGCCUACGGUGUCAGAUGGAAGCCUACAAGAAUGAGGUUGACCUAAUAAAAGCUGAUCUGAAGGCUGAGGUAGCUAUGAGAGAUGACCAGAUAGAAGCUCUCAAGAAGACCCUGCAGGGCAUGCAGCAGACACUUUCGGAGAAUGCAAUUCGCAAGCGACAGGAUGAUGCGAAAUUAGCCGAAUUAAGAGCUAAACUAAAGAAAGCACGAGAACAAGCUGGAACAAGCACAGAAGGAGAGGAAGAUAACAAGGACGAAGUAGAAGACUUGUCAUCAAUAUCCAGUGCUCCUGUGACUGACAAAGCUGCUCGUCUUAUUGGUCUGACUUCGACGUUCCUCCACAUACAUCCUAAAGGAGCUAGUGUUGACUAUAUCUGGUCAUUUAUUCAACAAUUUGAUAAGGAAAUCCGUCCAUCUGACAUAGAAACAAUGUUAAACCAGUACCCAACAGUCUUCAAGCAAAUCACAACUGGGGUUGGUGCUUGUCUUGAACGCAAGUGGAUCUUCACGGGCUUCGAAUGCUCCAUGUGAAGCUUUUCUUUUUCUUUUCUUUGUUUUCAUGACUAUACAUCUUCUUUCAAAGAAUUUAUUUGAAAAUAUUUUUUUAACUUUUUUAUAAUUAUGAUUUUGUUAUGUCUGCCCUUUUUUCUCUGUCUCAGUUUUAUGCAUUUUUUGCAUAAAUUAGUGUUGUUUUGUAAUGUUUAACUAUUGAGAUUUUAAUCAGCCAGAAUAACACAUCCAUUAUAUAAUAGGACCAAUUAUUUUUGCUAUAUCUUAUGAUUUCUUUCACAUUGUGUCUGUUAACCCAUUUGCUGGAACAUUUUUUUUUUAUCAUAUGGUUUUUCUCUUUCUAAAAUUUGUUCCAAUAGUUUGUAUGUUAUGAAGGAUUAAAGGGCAAAGAGGUUUUUAGUGGAUAAUCAUUUUGUCCAUUUUUCUUCUACUUUGAGUUUGGUAAGAAGAAAACAUUGAAGGUGAUGCUAGUUAUUUGUUGAUGCUGGUUUUUUUUAUUUUUUUAUUUGAAACUUUGUGAUCUUAAAGGUUGCUUUCAUGUGGGGGAUAAGGGGGUGGGUAUGUUCAUGGAAUAACCAAUAAAAUGUGCCAAGCAUAUAUGCCCCUGGCAGCAAGUGGGUUAAGAGAGAGUAAUUUCCUAGUCUAAUGUUAUAUUUGAUAUAUGAUAAAGAGGCCUGCUUAAUUUAUCAUAUGUUUGAUUAAUUAACAAGGGUCAGGUAUAUAAUACAGUAAGACUUGUUUGUUGUCAUGCCAUAAACCCUAAUUUUGCUUCUGUUGAUAAUUGAUACAGAAAACCCGAGAUGUUUUUAGCUGGAGAUUUGAACAAGUAUAGUAUAUAAUCAAAAGGAUUUAGGGGAAGAAAAAAAAACAGUUGUAUUAUGUAAUAAAGAUUCCACUCCACUGUAGUAUCAAAUCUCACUGGUGUAUUCAGAGUAUGAAAUAGUUUCACUGAAAGACUGGCACUACAAAGAGGUUUUACUGUAACACUGAAAUUAUUGUAUGAUGUACAGUUAAUUGUUAUAGAUUUUUAUUAAGAAACUUUUAUAUAUAGUCUCUUUCUAGUGGCACAGAUUUCAUGCCAAACCACUAUAUGGGCUGAAAAUUAAAGUGGUCCACUCUUGGGAUGGAUUAAAGACUUCUCAUUAGCUGUAUGCCUUUAGCAUUUCAAUGUUAUUUGUUUCACACAGUAGCAUUAUCAAUAAUGUCUAAGAUUCACUCAUAAUUGACUGAUUAAUAGCACAGUCUGUUGCCAUCAGAGUUCAUUUAAUGCUGCAUUAUCUUUAAAAGCUCUCUUACAAAUAGUGAAUAUUUGCAAAUCACUUUUUUUAUUAUUAUUAAUAUUCUGUAUUUUUUCCCAAUAAUUCUGUUAUUGAUUGAAAAUUCUUGUAAAUGGGUUGUAAUAUAUGUUAUAUAUAUUUUAUUUGUUAAGUGCAGGGUUUAUUGAUGUAUCUUGCAUUUCUCUGUCAAACCUAAAAUUUUUGUAGUAAAACAUUUUUCUCUGGACUGGAAGAAAAGAAUUACAGCAA